UUUUUCAAUGAGAGACAUGAAAGGAAUAAUGAUAAGGUGAAGCCACUUGGUUAGACCGGCAGGUAAGGUAGCCGCUAUUUUUUCUAUUCUAUUUGAGUUUUUCCAAGUGUCAAUCAUAUAUCCGGUCUUCUUGAGGCAACGUAUCAUUUUCAUAAGGUUCGAUUCUUGCUAGCCUCCGAUCAUAUCAUAUUCUUCACAGAUUCCAAGUACAUUAAUAAUAUAAUAUUUAUUCCAUCACACGAAACAAAGAGCACACAGAUUUGUUACGAAACCUCUGUAUUUGAGUACUUCUUCCUUCAUCUUCAGACCUCAUUUGUCAUUCAAGUGUUUAAGGUAUAGAGAUAUUAGAGAGGAACAAGAAGCCAUGGCUGGAAAAGAGGAAGGUGAAGUAAUCGAGGGGUUCAAAUUUGUACAGAAUCACGGCAAAGAUAGGGUUAGAGUUGGUAGAGUUUGGAAGAACUCUAAUGGGUUUUAUCAUUUUGUUGAAUGGAAUGUUAGCAUCAGUCUUUUAUCUGAUUGCAUCCGUUCUUAUGUCAAUGAUGAUAACUCUAAUAUUGUUGCUACUGAUACCAUGAAGAACACUGUUUAUGCAAAGGCAAAGGAAUGCAAAGAGCAAAUUACUGCUGAGGAUUUUGCUGUUCUGUUAGCUAAGCACUUCACAUCUUAUUAUAAGCAGGUUACUUCUGCCAUAGUCAAGAUAAUAGAGAAGCCAUGGAAGCGUGUAUUUGUAGACGGUCAACCACAUAGGCAUGGUUUUGAACUUGGAUCCGAAAAGCAUGUGGUAGAAGUUGUCUUGAAUAAAGCUGGUGCCAUAACAUUAUCAUCAAGCAUUGAAGAAUUAUCACUCUUGAAGACCACAAAGUCUGGAUUUGAAGGAUUUGUGAGGGACAAGUACACACUUCUGCCAGAAACACGAGAGAGGAUGCUUGCCACAACAGUUUCUGCAACAUGGAGGUUUUCAUUCGACAAUGUUAAUGACAUUCCAUUGAAACCAAUGUACUUUGCUGAAAGAUACUUUGAAGUGAGGAAAGUGUUGGUCAGUACUUUCUUUGGUCCUCCUAAUGAAGGUGUUUAUAGCCCAUCCGUGCAGAGCACCCUUUAUCAAAUGGGAAAGGCUGUUCUCAACAAAUGCCAUGAUAUAUCUUCUAUCAAACUGAAAAUGCCAAAUCUGCAUUUCCUUCCUGUUAAUUUAUCAAGCAUGCAGAAUCCAAACCUGGUCAAGUUUGCAGACGAUGUGUUUCUUCCGACUGAUGAACCACACGGAACAAUUGAAGCAAGCUUGAGUCGCCUCCACUCGAGGAUGUGAAUGAAGCAGCUUCCACACAAGUUAUCUUUCUGGCAUCUUUUCUUUGACUACUUUCU